AUGCCUUUCUUCCUAAAAGAGCUUUCUCUUACAAUCACGUUACAUCCCAGCUACUUUGGCCCUCGGAUGCAGGACUACCUAAAAGCAAAGCUUUUGGCAGACGUUGAAGGAACGUGUUCUGGACAAUAUGGUUAUAUUAUAUGUGUACUUGACAGCAAUACUAUAAAUAUCGACAAAGGACGCGUAGUCCCAGGUCAAGGUUAUGCUGAGUUUGAGGUAAAAUAUCGAGCGGUUUUAUGGAGACCAUUCAGAGGUGAAGUGGUAGACGCCGUGGUUACCACCGUAAAUAAAAUGGGCUUUUUUGCCGAUAUUGGUCCUUUGAGUGUAUUUGUGUCGUCGCAUCUUGUACCUCCAGAUAUGAGAUUUGAUCCUGCUGCCAAUCCUCCAAAUUAUUCUGGUGAAGAUCAGGUCAUUGAACGAGGAUCUAACGUUCGAUUAAAAAUCGUCGGUACUAGAACUGAUGCUACUGAAAUUUUUGCGAUUGCUACCAUGAAAGAAGAUUACUUGGGAGUCUUAUAG